UUAGGCUAAAGCCACGUGCCACGUGCUUCUCUCCGGAGUUCAAAUUCGCUCCGACCAUUUGCGAUAAAAACAAUUUGUAUAAGUAUUGUGAACAAUGAGUUUUACAAUUUACGAAAACGACGUAAUACUGUGUACGGGUGAAAAUUUAUUGACUCAUGACCUAUCGAGUGACACGACGAAUUCGUUUUCACUGCCAAAAUUAGCAAUCGAUGACAAUCAAAAACAUCACAACAAUGCUGACAUGGACGCUUAUCACGGCAUAACCACAAUUUUCACGUCAACAAACGGAGAAUAUUUGGGUGUGUGUACAAAUCGUAAACAACUUUGCGUUUACGAGAGACCAUCUCGACGCUUGAUCUUGAAUCGUACGCUUGCAAGGGCGGCAAGCAGGGCGAGAUUCACGCCUGACAACGAUAUUAUCGUUGCUGACAAAUCGGGCGAUUUAUAUCUCUACGAAAACAGUGAAAAUUCAGAAAAUUCCGGAAAACUAAUUUUGGGUCACCUGUCAAUGUUGCUCGAUUGUCUGGUGACUAGAAACAAUAGACACGUCAUUACAACUGACAGGGAUGAGAAAAUUCGAGUUUCUUGUUUUCCCAAUGCUUACAACAUUGUCUCUUAUUGUUUGGGUCAUGAAAAAUUUGUCACUGCCGUAAAACAGUUACCACAAAACGAGGAAAUCCUCGUUUCAGCUGGUGGUGACGGGCAACUCAAAUUUUGGCAUUAUAUCCAAGGAAAAGAACUCCUUUCAUUCGACUUCAGCGACAAAAUACCAGCUGUGGAAUUGGAAACUCUGAACGAAAGCUUGAAAUGUUUUGAGUUGACUGAAAGUGUUAAAACUCUGCCAGUAAAACAUUUGCGAAUACAAAGUCUCGAUGAGAAGCUUGCCACACUCAUCCUCAGUUUUUAUAGCAGUAAAAGAAUCCUCGUUUACUUCAUCAGUAAGAAUCUUGAGCUACGAUACUCCGAGACUCUAAUUUUGGAGCAAGAACCCCUGGAAUGUGUACUGAGAAAAAACGAACUUUGGAUUCUCGAUGACGAAGGUCUCCAGCUCUACACAUUAGAGGAUGAUAAAUUUAAAGUGUGUGCUGAUAGAAAUAAAUGUUUGGCUAGCCUAAAUGACAGCUGGAGUGUACUCAGAAGAAGCGCAAACAAACAAAGCCUUUAUCCAAUUCUAUAUAAACGUAAAUUUGACAAUGUACAGGAAUAUCAAGAAAGAAAAAAAUCACGAUUGGCUACUUAGAAUCUCUGCAGAUUGAUUAUGUUGAUAAAAACGUUUUUGUGGGCUAUUUUUGUGAAUUAUAUAUGAAAUAUAAAACCGCUCUGUGUACAUCCAAAAUUUUGUGACCAUACGCCGAUAUAUUGUAUAUUUGCAAUAAACUGUUGACCACUGUUA